AGCGCGCACCCGUCAGCAGAGGAGAAGGGAGGACAGAAAGCGGCAGAGAGACAAAUAAAGCCCAAUUAACCGCUUAUUCUGAAAACCCACACACGAAAUACAGCCAGGAUGUCAGAGGAAAAGCCAAAGGAGGGAGUAAAAACUGAGAACGACCACAUCAAUCUCAAGGUUGCAGGGCAAGAUGGGUCGGUGGUCCAGUUCAAAAUCAAAAGACACACACCCCUCAGCAAACUAAUGAAGGCGUACUGUGAACGACAGGGCCUCGCAAUAAGGCAGAUCAGAUUCAGGUUUGAUGGCCAGCCUAUCAAUGAGACGGAUACACCUGCACAGCUGGAGAUGGAAGAUGAGGACACCAUAGAUGUAUUCCAGCAGCAGACAGGCGGGCGCUGCUAAGCCCUCCCCACCUCAUUGACGGCCACCCUCAGACCACGCCCUCAGCCACCUUCACUGUCCCUCCCCUCCCCAUCGCUCCUCAGCCUAUUAUUAUUAAUAUUAUUAUUAUUAUUAUUAUUUCUUCAGUUUAAAGAUAUCUGUCAUGGUCUUUCAUCAGGUGGUGGGGGGGGAGCUCCUCAGCUGUUUAUGUACUGUCUCAGCCAGGACUGAACUUUUGUGCGCGUCCACAGUCUCUCUGCUGGCCAAUCAGGACAACAUUUCCUUAUGGCACUGCAGGCUGUGAUUGGACCAACAGCACGCCACAGCUGUUCCUGGUUUGUCAGUGCUUCUUAUUCACUCUCCAGUGAAAGCUUAGUAUCCAGUAGUUUGUCACGGUUUUCAUCCAUCUGGGUCGAUUGUGAGGCUCUGCAAGAUUUUCUCCAGGGGUCACGGUCAGUGGGCAUGAAAAUGUUUUGAAGUGGAAGCACUAUCUGAACUUAAUACACACCCGCCUUCCAUUUCACUUCGCUUUCUUGUGUGUUUUUUGUCUGAACAGUGACUCCUGCUCUUCUGUCAAAGAUUUUAAUUCUCUCUGCAUUUUAGGUGCUUUUGCUAAAGAGUUCUGCAAUGUUUUUUGUAUUUUUGAUUUUUCUUUUAAGAAUUAACACCCAGGGGGCUUGUUGAUUUUUCUGUACAGAAGUAUCAGAGUGGAUGUUAGAUAAAUGUUGUGGGGCUUGGACCAAUACUCCCAAGACUGCACUUCUGUUUCAUAUUUGAUGUACUUGGAUUACUCUAAAUGCAAACUUGCAAGGUCAAAACUGUCACAGUUCGACAGUUUGUAUUUCAUUAAUGUUAUUUGCUUCCUCUAUGACUUCUACUAAUUGAGAUAAGUUCUUUGUGGGUGUCCAGUACAGACUAUUAUUUACACAUCCCGACAUGCCCGUUUAGCGGUGGGAAAUUCAAUUCAUCAUUUGAUGGAGUUGUUUGGGUUCUGGCUGUGUAAAAAUAGUCUCUUUACAUGGAAUACACAACUUUUUGUUUUCUUUCCCUAUUUCCCAAUGAUUUGGCCAGUGGCUAGUCUCCAUGAUAUUCUUGCAAGUGGCUUUGCUUGUGGGUUUUUACAAUUUUGGGGGGGGGGGGUCCAGGGUGGGCUGUGGGUGGGAAUAACUGGAAGGUCGUUCCUCACCGCUGUUUUGGGGUCAGCUGUUUCAUCUCUGUAUCGUCCUCGCGAAUGUAGGCUGAUGGGACCUGAUUCUAGAUGUGUUUUUAAAGAGGAGCAGCUUCCAGUUCUAGAAAGGAUAUCCAACAAAAGUCAGUAUCUUUUUGUUAACACAUUUUGAAGACACUUUUCACUGCUGUGUCAGCUGUCGAGCUGUUUCCUUCUGUGUAAAAGGCAAAAGUUGCAGGCCAUAUGUUCAAAAACCUGAAUGCAGUGUUGCUAACAGUGACGAUAUCCCAAGUGGUGAUGAGUGUCUCCAAUUAUUUACAAUUUCGGAGAAGGAUGCAUGCAGUUUGUUGCGUAUCGGGAGGGCAGGGAGGCCAACAGAUGGAGUUUGGGAGAUAAUUGUUCUGUACCCACGGGGCCCCAUUCUUCGUACACGGGUAACAUGAGUUGAUUUCAUUGUUGAGGGCCUGACAUGAGCUUGGAUUGUAUAGUUCAGGAUUCAAUGUAUCUGUUAUUGAAGAAAGUAGUCCUUUUGCUCAACCUGCAGAAAUGCAAAGUUAGUCUGAGCGAAUUGGUUCAUGGUAUCCAUUUUUUAAGUUUACCAAUUUUAAUUGAUUUUCAUAUAAGGCAUAUCAAAGGCUUAAGUAGUCAUAUAUAUUAAAAAGUACAACAAAAUAAAACCAAUGCAAUCUACAAAAUAAAAUGUUUUUCAGUUGUAUUUUUGUAUCAUUCUGUAAUGAACACAAGUUUGUCAAUUUUCAUUUUGAAAUGGCGAAAGCUUCACUACACUGCCACCUGCUGUUUGAAAUAUUCACUACUGUCCACAGUGGCCCAGUGGAAAAUGACAUUUUAUCUGAGGAGUAACCAGCCGUCAUCCUUCCCAGGCGUAAAUAGCAAGAAUUUGGCAAAAUCGUGUUGUACAGAGACAUGUUAAAUCUUUGUGAUUACCCUUGAUGAUGAGUCAGUCAUAAGCAACGACAUGGUUUUAUCUUUCUUUCUCACAGAAUAAGAGCACAGCUAUCACGACAACGCCAUUUGCAUUUGAAUGACUGAGUUAGCUGGAUGGAGAGCUUCUGAGCUAGCUAACAUUCAAGCUAAACUAUGUAAUGUACGAAGAAGGGGGCCCAGGUCUUGUCAUGUUAUUUGUUUCUCUACUGAUUUGUACAUUAUUUGUGGUCUUUUACUACUGUAUACAAUAAAUAUAGUUUGGUACUCAGA